AUGCGCGCCCGGCUGGUGCUGAACGGGCUGACGGCGGAGCUGGGUGCGGGGGGCGCAGGCCCGCCCGCCUCGCCCGAGCCAUAUCACGAGCUAGAGCUGUACCGCCAGCUGCUAGCGCUGCCGCGUCGCGCGCUCACUCCCGACCCAGAGCCACCACCACGAGACGAGUCAGCGCGGCGGUGCCGCACGCCCGCGCCCGCGCACACACGCGCACGCGCCCGCCUCGCAGCACGCGCCGUCCCACGCCCCGCUAAG